CCCAAAUUUUGAUAUUUUUUGAUGAAUUAGAGAAAUACCCAUUUGAUCAAUUUUUGAUCUUUUUCCAAUUCUCGUCGGUGCUGGUGAAGAUUUGGUGGUUUUAGCUUCUGGGUAUUCGUUUUUUUUGUGAUUUGUUUCUAUGUCUAGGGUUUUGGUUAUAGACAUUGUUGAUUUCUGUGUUGUGAGUGGAAUUUAAACUCUGUUUUGUAAUGGAGUACGGACGGGAAAGCGUGGUUCAGGUGAUUGGUACUGAGAAUUGGUCAGGAGACCAAGCUAUUUGGGCUACUGAAGACGAUUAUAGAGCUUGGAACAACAACAGUGAUACAUCUGGAGAUACAUUUUCGAACUCGAAUUAUGAGCAGAGACAAUCCCAGUCUCGAUCAGGUAGCGAACCACCCAACAAGAAAUCGAAGAAUUCGCAAGAUGUAACUUCAUCAAACAGGUCUAAAGCUAUUGGAAAAAUGUUUUUCAAGACCAAACUUUGCUGUAAAUUCAGAGCUGGGACUUGUCCUUAUAUCUCAAACUGUAACUUUGCUCAUAGUAUUGAAGAGCUUAGAAGGCCACCACCUAAUUGGCAAGAGAUUGUAGCUGCUCAUGAGGAAGAAAAGGGUGUAUCUUCAGAACCAAGGGAAGAGUUUCAGAUUCCUUCAGUUGGGUCUUCAACUUUUGUUGUUGAGACACCAAGGUCUUAUAAAGGAAGACAUUGUAAGAAGUUUUAUACUGAAGAAGGGUGUCCUUAUGGUGAUAGUUGCACAUUUCUUCAUGAUGAGCAGUCCAAGAAUAGGGAGAGUGUGGCUAUAAGUUUGGGGCCUGGAGGGUAUGGUGGUGCGCCGAGUGGAACGAACAACGCUACGAACAAUAGCAAUAACAACAACACCACCAUCACCACCACCACCACCACCAACAACAACAACAGCAACAACAACAACAACAAUAGCAACAGCAACAACAAGCCCUCCAACUGGAAAACCAGGAUUUGCAAUAAGUGGGAGUUGACUGGUUAUUGCCCAUUUGGAAGCAAAUGUCAUUUUGCUCAUGGUUCCGCAGAAAAGGGUGUAUCUUCAGAACCAAGGGAAGAGUUUCAGAUUCCGGGUCUUCAACUUUUGUUGUUGAGCAAAAGGAUUGAGCAAAUUUGUUUCCAAAAGUUUGAAUUAUUACCACUAAUCACCAACAAUUUGAAAUUAGAGGUAUGUUCUAUUUGAAUUAAUUUAUUUAUUCAUUGGGCUUAUAUAUUUGUGUAUU